AUGAUCUACAAGUACGACCCAGUCAAAUACUGCCGCGAAGACGACUCAACCGACGAUUUCAACCAGACAAGUUCGAACAACUGCGAUCUGCUCGCCACAGAAACGAUCCAGUACUCGCGAUGCGUUUGGGACUUUUCAUCGAGAAAGAUGUCGCAGAUUUUCUUAAUUGGACGCAUGGUGACGGGUUUCCUUUUGCCGAUUUUGAUCAUUACUGUGAGCUACGCCUUCAUUUGGAGAACCGCCUCCAAUUUGCAGAAAUCGUCGAGUGCGAGCAGGAGCAAAAGAGUUAACCGAAUGAUCGCCUGCGUCAUCGCUUCUUUCGUCGUCACCUGGACGCCCAAUCACUUGCUCACGCUCUCCAUGCUCUUGAUCGACAAAAACCAGCCUUGGAUGUUCUACUGGAACUCCGUUACUCAGGUGUUCGCCAGUGUUUCCGCCAUUGCGAAUCCGAUCAUCUACGCCUUCACUCGUGGGGAUCUACGUCGCGUCGGAAAAGAGUGGUACCACUCCUCCAUCAGAAGUCAUUUGCCAAAAAGAACAUGCUGUUCUUGCUCGAUUCCCCAGCAGAAAGCGGAGUCGGUGCAAAACAACCACGUGAUCGAGCCGUAUUACGAAGACACGGACUCGGACGACGCGCAGCAAAAUGUAAAAAGUGCAAAAUCGUCAUGUAAAAAUGGAAACACAACUCAAAUGCCAAGAUUCGAGAUCGAGGGUUUUCGCGACUCCAGCGACGAGAAGCUUCAUCGACUCUGCUCUGUUCACGAAUUCAAUCUCACUAAACACGGACAAACAAUCAUUUUCCAGCGAAAUAAAUAA